AUGGCUUCACUUUUGCUGGCCUCAACAACGGAAAAAUCCCAUGCAUCAUCACCUGCCAAGUCACAUGCGCCUUCUCACUCUAGCGCUCCAUCUAAGGCUUCACCUUCCCCUUCUCCGUCGAGUGCUCCACCAAAGGCCGCUCCUACUACGUCCGAAGCUGACUCUCCGCCUUCUCCUCCCUCAUCUUCCCCUGUUAGCUCUGCGGAGAUUUCUCCCUCUUCGAGUUCUGGUUCGUCUUUUGAGUUUCCUAUAUCCGCUCCUAACUUGGCCGUUUCGAAAAAGUACACCUGGUCGAUGGGAUUUACUCUGCAAACUUGGUUAAACAAGUACUUUGGGGGCAGAGAAAGAAUCCGCUAA